CAUCUACAGUGAAUCCCUGGACCACAGAGGGUUUGGGCAGAUCUCAGGAUGACGGUUACCGGAGUGGCAUCCCUCAGAAGGACAUCGUCAUCGCCAGCAGUGGACACACACCACAGAUGUUUGCAGUGAAGAGGAGCAGACUGGAGAGGACGUAGUAACAGGUGCUGCGUGCCGGAGUGGAAUUGGAGGUGUGGAAGAGAGCUGAAGAUCAUGGGUAAAUCGAACAGCAAGCUCAAGCCAGAGGUGGUGGAGGAGCUGACGAGGAAGACCUACUUUACAGAAAAAGAAGUGCAGCAGUGGUACAAAGGGUUCAUUAAAGAUUGUCCGAGUGGGCAGCUGGAUGCGGUGGGCUUUCAGAAGAUAUACAAGCAGUUCUUCCCCUUUGGGGACCCCACAAAGUUUGCCUCCUUUGUCUUCAACGUUUUCGAUGAAAAUAAGGACGGACGCAUCGAGUUCUCGGAGUUCAUCCAGGCCCUGUCAGUGACUUCCCGAGGGACUCUGGACGAGAAGCUGAGAUGGGCUUUUAAAUUAUACGACCUCGACAACGACGGCUACAUAACCCGAGACGAGAUGUUGAACAUCGUGGACGCCAUAUAUCAGAUGGUGGGGAACACUGUGGAGCUGCCCGAGGAAGAAAACACACCAGAGAAACGGGUGGAUCGUAUUUUUGCGAUGAUGGACAAGAAUGCAGAUGGGAAGCUGACUCUGCAGGAGUUCCAGGAAGGCUCAAAGGCAGACCCCUCCAUUGUUCAGGCGCUGUCUCUCUAUGAUGGACUCGUGUAGGAAUGCAAGAUGGAUCCGAUUCAGCCUCCUCCAGCCCGCCUCACGCCAACAACAGCACCAUCACACCUGUAACGAGAGGAAGCCUCAUUUAGCACCAUCACCCAGAAGCGGACUACCAACUUUUGUUGCACGGCCACAUGGCAUCUGUAUCCAGUAGCUGUCUGUCUACACUUUCAAUAAGGAUCGUGUCAAAUAUAUCCUCAGAAGUAAACGGACGAAUCCAGCGCGUCUGCAGCAUUUCCAGCGCUUCCUGCAGCUACGCGGCGCCGCGUCGACCCCCCUUCCCCGAGUGUUGUGGACCGUGCAUGGACAUAUCUCCAAGCCUCAUACCGUGGUUUCCCCGUGGAUAGUCCCGACGAACUGAAUCCGCCUUGUUCACAUGCUGUAAAGUGCUGGAGGCGCAUGAACUGCUCCCAGAGAACUGUCUCGCUGCUUCACCGCCACAUGGAGAGACUCUAAAGCUGGGAGAAUCUGGAAAACAAAAAAACAAAACAAAUGUGUUACUUGGUGAUAACUUGAGCAGUAACUUCAAACAAACAGCAUAGUGUAUAUGAUGACAUGUAAAUAUAAUGGUAAUUUAUUUUCUGCUUUGCUGCAUUUAUGGGAAUUUCCUCAUAAAUCUGGAAUGAAGUUUAAUUUUUUAUCAAAGCUGUUGAAAUGUGCACUGUAUUUUUCAUUAUUAUUGUUGGAUGGUUACUUUUCUCUGGCAUCCUGUGGGGGGUUCCUCACCUUAGGAGAGUAGAAUUUUUAUUUAAACUGGAAUGUUGGAGUAGCACACCAGAGUUUUCUAAGGAUUAUUUUACUAUGUUUGCAGUCUGUGCAUCCCUUUGUGUUUCCAUUUCCCCGUCAGCACGAGUGUCUAGUGUCCGCACUGCUGCAAAGCCACAUCCUGAACGACGCCACCGAGCAACGCGGCCACUUCUCACAGCUCACGUCUGAAUUGAGGCGCAGUGUUCCCUUUGAGAGCCCGCUUCUCCACCCUCAGAAACACAAAGCCCCGGUCAUUGCCAGGCACAAACAGACAUCAAUUCUGGUUGUAAAGCUUUUGUGAGCUCUGUGGUUGCAGUUGUCCACUCGGUAUUUGUCCUGCGUGAGACCAGAGCAUGAUGGUGCCUUUUCCAUCCUGAAGGCAAUAAGAUGUUUUAUCAGCUUCAUUAUGCAAAUUAUUAGUUACUGAAUUAUAAAUGUCAUUUACCUGUUGAUUGACUGUAUAAGAGCACAGAAUAAAAAUGCAUUUAUGUG